AUGGAUGAUUUUAACUUGUGUAUUGAUCACUGUGGUCUAGUGGAGCUGAAUUAUCAUGGUAAUCCUCUUUCAUGGUGUAAUGGGCAGGAGGGGGUUGCACGAAAGUGGGCAAGGCUUGACCGGUAUGGGCCUUCUCCGUUCCGGUUCCAAAAAAUGUGGUGUACUCAUGGUUCAUUUCAAAAGUUGGUAGAGGAGACAUGGAAACAGCCUACGUUGGGUUCGGGAAUGGUUAAGCUGGCUGCAAAAUUGAAGCGACUUAAGAUGGAGCUGAGGAUAUGGAAUAAAUCGUCCGGUUUCUUAGGAGAAAUUGAAGCCGAUUAUAUUGUCACUAAAUUGGAGAUUGAUAUUUGGGAGAAGAGGGAGGAGAGUCGUCUAGCCCAAUUAGCAAAGAAUAAGUGGUUAAAAGAAGGUGAUCAGAAUUCGAAGUUUUUCCAUGCAGUUGUAUCACAGCAUAGGCGUGGUUCGGUUAUUUCGCAUAUGAGUUUGGCAGAUGGGACUAUGUUGGAUUCAGCAGAGAAGGUGCACUUGGGGGUGGUGGAAUAUUUCACUAAUUUCCUUACAGAUAUGCCGCAGAUUGAACAUGCAGAUCUUUCUCCUCUUGUGGGAUUGGAAAUCUCCGAGGAAGAUAACUCCAGUUUUUGCCACAGGCCUUCAGAAGAGGAAGUGAAGGAGGCCGUUUUCUCGAUUCCAGAACAUAGUAGCCCUGGUCCGGAUGGGUAUGGUUCUUCUUUUUAUAUUUCUUGUUGGCAUAUUGUGAAAGAAGAGGUGGUCGAGGCCGCAAGGGAUUUUUUUGCGGGUUCUCUAUUACCAAGGUUCUAUACUUCGUCUUAUAUUGUUUUAAUUCUGAAAGUGUUGGAUCCCAAGAGUUUUGAGAAAUUCAGGCCAAUAAGUCUAUGUUCUGUGGCUUACAAGAUUUUUUCGAAAAUCUUGGUGAAGCGGUUGACGGGUUUUCUGCCUAGACUAAUUUCGGCUGAACAGGGGGCAUUUAUUCCGGGUCGUAGUAUUUUUGAAAACAUAACUCUUGCUCAAGAAAUGGUUCAUGCGUUGAAGAGGAAGAUAGUUGGAGGUAAUGUGAUGGUAAAGUUGGAUAUGGCAAAGGCAUAUGAUAGGGUGCAUUGGGAUUUUUUAUUAAAUGUUCUGUCUAGCUUUGGCUUUUCAGAAAAAUUUUGUAGCUUGGUGAAGGAAUGUGUGGCGUCCCCUUGGUAUUCGGUGAUGAUGAAUGGAGCUUAUAAAGGUUUUUUCAAGUCCAAGAGAGGCCUACGACAAGGUGACCCUUUGUCACCUUAUUUAUUUAUUUUGAUGCAAGAAGUGUUCUCAAGGCUUCUUCGGAAAGAAUUUGACGAGGGUCGUAUUGGGAAGUAUUAUCAUCCUAGAGGGGCACCGUUGGUGUCUCAUCUGUUAUAUGUGGAUGAUAUUCUGAUUUUUUUGAAUGGCGAAAAAAGAUCUCAAAGACGGUUGGGGUAUACUUUAGCAUGUUACGAGCGUUGGUCUGGCCAACGGGUUAGUAAAGAGAAGUCGGCAAUUUUUUUCUCGCCAAAAAUUAGUGCUACGAGGCAGCGUGGGUUGGUACGUCUUACGGGGUUUGCAUUUGGGAGUUUUCCAGUUAUGUAUCUGGGGGUGCCGUUGGUUUGUGCAAGUUUAAAAGCUGUUCACCUUGAUCACUUGGUUGCAAAAUUUCAAGCUAAGGUGGCGGGGUGGAAGGCAAGGCUUCUGUCGCAAAGGGGGCGUUUGGUUCUUCUUAAACAUGUUCUUACUAGUAUGGCGUCCCAUUGUUUGGCUGUGAUGAACGUCCCUCAACAAGCCAACGGAAGAGGGUGGGUUGGGUUUGAGGAAUUUUCUGGAAAUUCAAAAAGCGAUGCAUAUGAAAUUGGCUUGGCGUAUUUUGUCGGUGGAUUCAUUGUGGGCUCGGUUCAUGGCUUCGAAGUACGAAAGAGGACAGCAUGCUUCGUUGAUGUUGAUACACCUUCAUUAAAAAUUAAAGAUGUAUGGGUUGGGAAUACUUGGGACGGUGACAUGCUUCAGCAGCUAAUUGGUGAGGAGUUGGCGGAGGAGGUGAUGAGGGAAAUUGGUGCAGGGCGCACUGGGCAAGAUAUCUUGAUCUGGAAACCUACUGUUGGGGGAAAGUUUACAAUAGCUAGCGCAUGGGAGUUAAUCCGUGUGAGAGGAGUUUAUCAUGGUUGGAUGGAUUGGAUAUGGAGUAAAUAUUUGCCAAAGAAAAUAUUAGUUUGUAUGUGGAGAGCACGAUUUAAUUUAUUAGCAACGGACACUAAGGUGCAGACUCGUGGAGUUGUUAUGGCUUCAAAGUGUAACUACUGUCAUACUCCACAGACCGAAACUCUAGAUCAUGUGCUUGCUACUGGGGAGAUUACAGAGCAGGUUUGGCAUUGUGCUUCACUAGCGCCGGGCAUUGGUGUACAAACCAGGACCUGGGCGCAUCGGGUGGAAGCUUGGAUGGCGUGUGCUAAACGAGGAACGCAGAAGGGGAUACGUAAUCCACUGCAAGUUGCUUGGUUAAAACCACCUAUGGGAUGGUGGAAAUUAAAUGUGGAUGGAAGUUGUCGUGGCAAUCCAGGGAAUUGUGGUGGGGGUGGGGUGUUGCGGGACCAUAGGGGGCGGAUGAUAGCAGGAUUUUCUGCUCAUUACUGGUUCGGAACGAACAAUGAGGCUGAGUUAAGAGCUUUACUUCAAGGGGUCCGGCUUUGUAAAGAGAUGAAUUGUCUAAAUGUUAUUUUCGAGUGUGAUUCUAAGGUAGUGGUUGAUUGGGUGAAGAAGCGAGGUUGUAAUUUAUGGUAUCUUUGGGAUUAUUGGGAUGCUCUCCUUCAAGAAUUAGAUAGAGUUCAAUUCUUAGUGGUGCAUCAAUUUAGAGAAGGUAACAAAGCAGCGGAUUUUUUGGCAAGGAAAGGUGAGGAGGGUCUCACUAGGAUGUUCUUACCUGUUGUGCUUGAUCCACGAAGCAAGUUAGGACUUCUUACUUUCCACUUGAAGAAAGUUCAUGAUGAGUUUCGUGCUGAGGAGUUGGUGUUGAGUGUGAAACAGGUAUUGAAAGAUUUGUAUGUGGAAUAUAAUGCGGAAUUCGGUUCCACCACGAGUACCCAAGAACAUGUGCCCCCUCCGACAUCUAGAAUCAUGAAUGAUGGUGAUGGCAAGCGUGAGACCAAAUGA